AUCUGCGAGGCGGAAUGCACUUGCCGAGGAGACUGACGCGACUACAGCUGCCAGAACGUCCCCAUCACCACCGCUGUCUGGACACCGUCUGAGAACUGGGCUAGUGGGCACCGCUGUAGAUUAUGGGAAAAUGCUGAAGAUUGCCUUUCAAAAGACCUGUGUCUACGCCGGAGAGCAAUCAUUUCUGUUUAAUAACUAGAUAUCAAAUAUCACAUUACACUGGCAGAGAGGUGACCUGAUGAGAGACUAAGAGCUUAGCCUACACUGUAACUUUUAUUAAGUUUCAUACGGCCUUGUUUUCUUUUCAUUCAUUUUAUAAGAGAAUCGUGUGCUAAAAAGGCAAGUUAUUCACGUGAAUAUCCGGUUGGGAUCAGCUUAUUAAGGGAGAUCGCAAAACCAUCCUUCUCUUCUCUCCCGUGAAGCACGCCUGGCGAUGCUGUCCGGUCUCUCUCUCCGCCCCGCGUCCUAGAGGGAAUUCACUCCGUUUCUCGAGGGGCAGUCGGCAUUCACCAUCCCCUGUCGAAUGAAAAACGCUCGAGAUGAAAAGUUUCCUCGGCAUCUCUCAGAUCAUCGCGACUCUGCUGUUUAAUAUCUCACCUGUCCAGGCUUCAACCUCCGUCAGCAAAAGCCCAUCUAAAGCGACGCCGAUGAUGUUCCACGAGGUGUGGGGGCGGAGCCUGUGCCGCUCGAUGGAGAGGAUGGUGGAGGUGGAGCUGGAGUACCCGGGCACGGUGGAGUACGUCUUCAGCCCCGCCUGCGUGCUCCUGCGCCGCUGCUCCGGUUGCUGUAGCGACGAGAACCUGGUGUGCUUCCCCACCCUCACCCACAACGUCACCAUGCAGCUCCUGAGGAUAACUCCGUCAGAGAAAGCCAGAACCUACGUGGAGCUCAGCUUCGUGGAGCACGAUGCCUGUGAAUGCAGGCCAAGGAGGAGUUAUCUGACCAACAAGAGUGGACGCCGACUGGGAGGACGAGACAGGAGGAGAAAAGACAGGAAAAGAGGGAGAGACUGUGGAAAGUGCGUUCAUCCACGCAGUGUCUAGCUGGGACCUGUGACUCAUGAGGCGGUCACUGCCAUCCUCUCCACCCUGGGCUGCUGGCCUUGGCUUCAUAUCAACUCACACGCACCGCGGCCACAAUGACAUCAUAAGAACACAAACUUCAAUGAACAGCAUGCUGCGUGAUCCAUCAGCACACGUGUGUGUGUGUGUGUGUGUGUAUGUGUGUGUGUGUGUGCGCACCUGGAACAGGAGUGACAUCACCUUAAGAUCACAGCUGACUCCAGAACAGUUCUGGCCCGGGUGCGGAUCAGAGCCGUUACACAGUCAGCUGCCUCCCGGGAACAUUCUGCUCGUCAAACAUUCACAUUUAGGGAUUUUGUCAGACACCCUUGGAACCAAUUUGACCUCACCCAGGUCAGUUUCACAGCCCCCUUUGAUAGGCUAUGACCCCCAUACUAUCAGUUCUGUGUGGACUGAUCCACAUAAGAGAAGUAAUGUAUUAGACCAUCCUAGCUGCUGAGGAUGUCCAUUACUAGAUCUGAGACGACGAGACACAAUACCUUUAUCCUCAGUGUCAGAUCAUCUGCCUACAUACAAAACAACGCUAGCUGUAUGGGUUGUGCCCUGAAAGGAGGUCUGGUUUUGGGGAGAGGAAGAUCAUAUGAGUGCAGAGGACUGGACGACUGGCUGAAACUUAAUAUGUAAAUAUAUGUAUGUUGAGUCUCAUUUGAUGAGUGUUGAACUUGUAAAUAUGUCCCAAAACGCAUCAAUAAAUGUAUGUACACACACCAAUUCUGGAUAUGACUUUUGUCCAUGUAAGCUACUUUCUACAGUGUAAUGUACAAUGGAAAACAUAGUAAGCAUUUGUGUAUCAUUAGGAAGGAGUUGCAAUCUGAGGACAGUGUGGGAUUCCCUGUCUCCGCCGGGUUGAAUCAGGGUCACGGCGGGAGCUCGAUUAUGUAAUUACAAUAGUGUACAGGCAGUACUAGCGUCUCGA